AUGAUUUGCAUCCGUAAGCAUACUAUUAUAGAUUAACAUUAUCUCUUAUUUAUUCAUGAUGACAAAAUAUGCAUAGGAAAGGUAUUUAGAAAAAUUAUAUACUAGAAUAUACUAAAUCCUAAAUAUGUUUUGCCCAUAAAUUUACAAACAAAACUUGAAUGGACUUUUGAUAAGGAAAAAUCCCAAUUUCAAGGGUUCAUCAUUGAAUGGAAUAAUUAGAAAAAACAAUUUCAUAUGUCAGAUCAAAAUUGUCAAGAGCUGAAAUCUUAAAUUGAUGGAAGAAUACUUUAUAAUGAAAUAAAUUCUUAAUAUUAUCCUAUUUAAAUUGUAGGAGAAGGAACUUUUGGUAAAGUAAGCUUUAAAUAUUAUUUUUCUUAGGUUAUCAAAGUGGUUAGCCUAAUAGACAGAAAAGAAUAUGCAUGCAAAGUAAUGAAAUUGGAUAAAAAAUUUUCGAAAAACGUAAUUUUGAAAAAAUAUAAAAUAGGACAUAAUUUAUGAGUUAAUGACAAUGCAAUCAUUGAACCAUGAAAAUAUAAUCAAAAUUAAAGAAGUUUAUAGUUCAAAAUCUCAUUUCUUUAUUAUUAUGGAAUAUUGUAGAGGAGGAACACUUAGAGAAUAAUUAGCUUAUAGAACAUUGAAUUAAGAUCAAAUAGUUAUGAUAAUGAAAGUAAUAUUUAAUAUAUAAUCUUCUAGUAAAUUUUAAAUGCAAUUAUCUACAUGAAUUCUAGAGGAUUCAUUCAUAGAGAUAUAAAACCAGAUAAUAUUUUAUUAAGAGAAUAAAAUGAUCUAUCCAGUAUCCUAGUAUGUGAUUUUGGGUUUGCUGCAAAAGUAGAAGAUAUCGUUACUAAACAUCCAAAUUGUGGUACUCCUGGAUAUAUGGCUCCAGAAGUCAUAAAAUUUGAUUAGACAAAUCCUUAUAAUGAACAAUGUGAUGUUUUUAGUUGUGGAUCUUUGUUAUAUUCGAUGUAAAUUAACUAAUUAAAAAUUUAGAUUGACUGGAUAUAAUCUUGAAAUGUAAAGUGAAGAAAGUGAAAUUUAUAACAUAGAAGCCUAGGUAUAUGAAGAGAAAUAAUUCACUUCCAUAAAUAACUAGUUUAAGAAUAUCCUACUUAAAAUGUUAGAACCUAGUCCUAAUUAAAGAAUAACAGCAAAGGAUGCUCAGAAAUACUUUGAAAAUUUUGAUUUAUUUUUAAUGGAAGAAAUGAACUCACUUGAUGUCAUUCAAAAACUUAAACAUAUUUCCAUUAAUAAGAAUAACUGCCACUAGUUUUGA